CGUACAAUAUGUAUGUGUGUAACUGACAACGAUUCCUCGUGUAACACAUGAACAUGUGAAAACUCCGCCCAGGGUCGAAUUAGGAUGGGGCCGUUUGUAUGAGUAAAUAACCGAGGUAUUCCGAAGAAGGAAACGUAAACAGAAAUGGCGACUAUCAAAAAUACGGAAGUGAAACAUGACAAAAUACGACUAAAAAUAAAGGAUUUCCUUGAAGAUAAAUUGAUCGCACUUCGCAUCAUGUGAUGGAUGAUUAGUGCGACCCGUCCGUUCUUGUUUGAUUAAUCUGUAUCAGUAGGAAAAUGGAGCAGUUGUACGACAAGUUUGUUGAAACAUGGUCUGCCGAAUUCCCUCAAGACGAUCCCCCGUUACUUGACCUACAUGGCUGCAUCUUGACAUCGAAUGAUGGAUUUGAAUCCGUAAACACUGCACAUCUUGGGAAGUUGUAUAACGAAUCUAGGGAAACCGCAAAGAGGCUUAAGCGAGAAUACAGAAAAGCCGAGCUGAUCGAAAAUUUUUGGGCAACUUUUAUGAAGGAUUGCAAUGGAAUUGACUCAGCUGAAUACUCUUCCAGAAGUAUCACCAAAAAAAUAUCAUUCCCGGGCUCCAGAACUCAGGACAGGAAAUUCUCAGACGAAUCUCCAAGCAGAAAAUAUUCCUUGUUGGAUGGACUUGGGAAAUGUGUUGACUCCUCUAUAGAAACAUUUGUUAAUGUUGGUCUGGGUGGAGAUGUCAUUGAUGUAACUCCAAACCAUGAAAUCCAGGUGAAUGCUCUCGUACAUAAAGAUAAAAAUCUGAUUACAGAUAACAAAAUGAGUGAUGUGGCUCCUGGGGAAAACCUAGUUACUGAGGUAUUGAACAAUUACAGCCGGGACUCAGGUAGCCUUCCCAGUGUCAGAAUAAGUGAUGUUCCUCACAGUAGGGAUAAUAGCCCAUAUGCUAAUGCUAGGAUUGUGAAUGAUGAAAGUAAAGUCUCAAGUGAUGACGAUGAAAUAGAUUAUGAAAAUCAGUGUAUGAGGAAAUUGUCAGCAUCAACAGAGAGGGUACCUUCAAUUAAGCCUGCUAUCCCUCCCCGGAGACCCAAAAGUGAGCAUCCAACCCGACCAAAACCAGCCACUGUCCCUCGCAGUAAAAAGCUGGAACAAGAUUCUAGUCCUCAAAGUCCUCAGAGAAGUUCAGGUGAACCUGUUAAAACGAAAGUAAACAAUGGGAAACACGAUCACAGGAGGCCAAGCACACCUGAAACAAACUUAGAUGAUUUGACAGGAAAAUAUUCCUCUGACAAUCAGGAAACAACUUCCUCUAGUCAUGCAGGUAUAUCUCAGAGUUCUGAGGAAGCUAACAGAAACAUGUUUAGAAAAUUUCGCUUGAGUGAUGGAGGGAAGGAGAAACAUAACAGCGGUGAAGUUAUAUCUACAGGGUUUAAACACCUGAGCAAUGACUUGGAUACAUUUGAUGCUAAUAUUACAGAGUCUAGUCAGAAUUCCUCCCCUGAACCAGCCACCAAUCGUAGCAAGAAGCGACUCAGAUCAAACGAUUAUGAAAACUUUUCGGUGGACUUUCUUCUAAGGCGGACAGCCGAGUUUGAUUUAGAAGAUGAGGAUGAGCGAGACAAUCAGAGUUCGGACAUAUACGAUAAUGUCACCAUUGUGACCAAGGGGACUAAAAAAUCCAGUGAUUCCGAUACGUCUAGCAUAGACACUGUAUCCAACACUAGUCUUACCAGUGGGGAAGGUGUCGAUUCAAAACCGAGUGUUUCUGGUUUGCGGAAAAAUGAGAAACUACAGAAAGAAUAUGUGGAGGAUAGUUCCAGUAGCAAGUCUUAUUUGGAGAUGGAAGAUGCAGAAAAUACUCAGCCCAAGGAUGAUCCGGAUGGGAGACCUUGUGUAACCGUGGAGGCUACCGGGCAGGACUCAGAGGACACCAGUGAUACAGAGUCUGAGCUGUCCAGGACAAUGAGCGUUAGCAGUGCCCAAAGGGUUAGGGACCAGAAAUUGCACAUGAGAAAAAUCCUUGUAAAAGGGAUACUGGAAAGUGAGAGGACUUACCUGUCCCUGCUUAAAGACAUAACAGAGCUGAAAAGAAAGAUUCAGAACCAGAUAACGAACCUGCGGGAGACACCAGUGUGUUCAAUGGAGGAUGUGACCACCAUGUUCUACCAGGUGGAGGAGAUCCACGUCCAGCACAGUAACUUUGUGAGCAAACUCCAGGCCAAAGUGGACGCUUGGUCAGACACACAGAAAGUGGGAGAUACGUUUAAAGAAUUAAUUGUGUAUUUCCCCAUGUACAUGAAAUAUGUCAAUCAUACGCAUGAAGCAGCAGAAUGUAUACAAAAGUGUAGCAACAGUAACGAGGAGUUCCGAAAGCUUGUUACCGCUGUGAGAUUGACUUUGGGAGGCCAGCAUUCCCUUCAAGAACUUUUGUUUACCCCUGUACAGAGGCUUCAGAGAAACACUCUAGUCAUACAUGACCUUCUGAAAUAUACGCCCGAAGAUCAUGAGGAUUACAAAGUACUCAUGAAGACUUUGGAUCUGGCUGACCACAACCUGAAGAAUUUUGCAACAAAACCAGAUUCACAAGUCGCAAAUAUUGAGGACCAUCUAGUAAAGAGUGGCUUUGUAGUGGAGAUGUUCGGAAAUUCUAGAAAAUUGAGAUUCAUGUUCUUAUUCACAGAUGUCCUUGUGUGUACCAAACACAAACAAAGUGGCAGGAAUCGUGUGAAUGUAUUUGAAGUGAAAUGGUUCCUUCCUGUUCCCCAGAUCAACAUGGAAACCAAAUUGGACAAAGUGUUCCAAAUCAAAGAAGAUACCGAAAGCAUGAAGAAGAAGAUUGUCAGCCUAAAGGCUGAGUUACGAAAAGAGAUGAAAAUCCAUGAUGAUAAAGGAGAGAGAACAUCUUGGUUAUCCUCUGGAACAAGGACCAUGGAAAAAUUGAAAAAGAAAAUUGAAGAGCAGGAAGCUGCUUUAAUCCUUGCAUCACCUCAUCUGCCAUUACAAUUCACAACAAGAGAGGACUCAAAAAAUCACUGCAUUCUGCUGUCUACGGAUUAUGAACGAGAGGAAUGGAGGGAUGCUGUACUGGCUCAACAGAACCACUAUCAUGGUGGAAUUAUCAGGCAGCUAAGUGGCCAUGAUGUACAAGCGAAGAUCAAUGAGAGCAAACAGCUUCCCCAAGUCAACAACAUUGGGAGCGUUUUGAUGAAGAAAGAUGAUGAGAUGUUGAAUGGGUCUCUAAAUGUCACCAUCCACAAGUUAGAUGGACUGGAAAGUCCCUGUGACACAUAUGUUCAACUCCAUCUAGACUCCUAUGGCUACUUCUUCAUGCAAGCUAAGACCAGGCCUUGUGUUAACAGCACGGAGCCGAACUGGGACCAGGACUUUGAGCUGGAGCUGGAGGGAUCACAGACCCUCAGGAUACUGUGCUACACUGUCAACAGGGAGGGGGAGGAUGAACUGAUCGGGAGGAGUGCUCUAGAGCUGAGCAGGGCUUGGCUGAGUAGCAGUUUCAAAGAGCAGAAGAUAAGCAUGAACACGUUAUCUCUGAUGAUCUCAGUCAGGCACACUCCAGCCACCAAAACUCUCAAGAGGUCUCCCUCCAAAAUCCAGGGGGGACUAUUCGGAACAAAGAUUGGAAUAGUCUGCAAUCGUGAACGAAAAACAAUUCCAAGUUUUGUCACCGCAUGCAUAAAGGAAGUUGAGGCUAGAGGGAUGGAGGAAAUUGGAGUGUACAGAAUAUCUGGAGUGACCUCUGAGAUCCAGAGGAUCAAGAAAGCCUUUGACAAAAAUUUAGACAGUAAAUGGGUGCCAGUCUAUUUGAAGGCUGGGGUUAAUCUCCUUGGAGACAGUGAUAUUCAUGCUGUGACUGGGGUUCUCAAAUUGUACUUCAGGGAGCUCCCAGAGCCUCUCUUUUCUGAGGCCAGCUACAAGCAGUUUGUAGAUUCAAUCGGUUUGCACGAUGGAGAUGCUAAAGAAAAAGUCUUUCUUCAACUGCUACAUGACCUACCGAAUGAGAACUAUUACUGUAUUGUGGCCAUUGUGGAGCAUUUAGUCAGAGUCAGUAAACAUGAGGAUAAGAAUAAGAUGUCCCUCAGUAACCUGUCUACAGUGUUUGGCCCCACUCUGCUCCACCCAGCAGUCAGUGACCACCAGACCCCCUCCCAGCUGAUGCAGGACGCCCAGGACGUGUUCCUACAGGCAGGGGUGCUCUAUUUCCUCCUGCAGCUAGCAGCCAGCGGGCGGAACAUCCGACGAUGCGAUUCCUCCACGAUUGAAAUGCACGGGGAUGACAGACUGGUGUAGAAGAGUGGAUGACAUGGGAGUGUAGUAUUACAGAUAGAGAGAAAAGGGUGGAUCAGUGGAAGAUGAAAGUUAAUAAAAUUACCAGUAAUGUAAUUGAUGAAUAUGUUUAAAAUCUUAUGUUAUUGUAUAAAGUACAUGUUUAUUGUAUUUAAAACUUGAUCUGGAAAACCAUCAGUUUGUUGAAUUUUCUUUUUGAACAGUAGAGAACAUGCAGUUUGAAUUGGAAAUUAUCAUUGUCUUUCAUUUUGUUUAUAAAACCAUGACAUUUGAAAAAAAAAAUGAAAAGACAAUCUAUAAUAUAUGAACUAUGCAACCCCAUAUUGGGAGUUCAAUAAUGGUGCUUUUAGGUGUGGAUGUAAAUGAUGUCAAUUUAUUCAUAAAGUUUUGACUUAUCCCCCCCCCCCCCCCCCCCCCACCGUUUCUUUUAUUCCAUAAUAUGCAAAAUCCAGUAUUACAUUGUAAAAGAAUUAUAGAGGCAUCUUGGAUAUUAUGUUGAGUAUCAUCUAUCAAUUUUUGAGAGAGAGAGAGAGAUUCCAACAAAACCAAGUAUAUGUACUGGUAGUUGAAAUGAAUCUCGGGUGUGUGUGUAUAUAUAUAUUUGCCUUCGUAGAAUCAAUGCCCGUCAAAAACCUGUACCAAUAUGUACCAUAAGGAACAUCAAUGCUGUAAAAUUUUAUCAUGAGUAUAAAUUUAAACAUGUAUAUGUGUGUGUUGUUUAUAGAAAAUUCAUUAAUUUUGAUAACUAUUUUAAAAGGAAUUAUUUUUUUAAUUUAUUAACAAAAAUCUGAUGGACCAGAUUUGCAUGUUAGGUAUAGUGUUUCAUAGUAGUAAAAAAAAAAUGGAGAAUUAAUAUCAGUGGACCAUGGUACUAUAUUGGAUUUUUUUCUCCAGUUUGUAUAUAUAUAUAUAUAUAUAUAUUGCCAUAGAGAUAUUGGUUAAUGUGUAAAGUUAAAACCAACGUCAAACAAUAAUACAUUAGAGUUUAAACAAUAUUUCAUAUCAAGAUAAGAUAGGAUCGGACAGCAGGCAUGGCCUAUUUUUGUCCUCUCCUUACAAUAGUACAUGUAUUGACAUGCAAAGGAAACCAAAAUGUUUUGCUAUAUGAAUAUAUAUGUUCUUACCAUCAUUGUUACAAAAAUGAUCCUGAUUUUUAUGUUUGAUUUAUCAGGGUAUGUAAAUGUAUUGAUGUAGACAGUACAUUUAUCUUAUUUGUGCAAUACAUGUAUGUGAUCAUCAGGUUCAUAUCGAAAAAUAUGUAAUCCAGGUUUAGAAGGUUCAUGAUUUUUUUUUUCAUUUCUGAUUUUUUUUUUACUAUUAAUAGCAAUUAUCCAUAAUUUAUGUGAAUCAGAAAUAGUUGAUAAAAUGACCACCAUAGAACUACGGUAUUUUAAUGCUCCAUUUUCAUGCAUGAAUAGUUUUGGGUUUUUUUUUCAAUCUUCAAAUAAACUUAAGAUAUAUACAGAAAAAAGGCUCUGAUUGGAGAGUUCCUUUCAUAGAGUGGAAAAUAUCAGUAGAGGAUCAGUAUUUCUAUAUUAAUAGGCAAGAAUUCGGUAUAAUUUCUAUAGUACUGUUGUGUUUUCAUAGGCAUAUCAUAUCAAACAGUGCUUAAAAUUUUUUGUUUAAAUUAUAUUUAAACUACUUAUUCUCACAAUAAUCAAAAUUUAAUGGCUAUAUACAUGUACCUGUAUGUGUACCGUAAAAAUAUUAGGGUGUUUCAUAUCAAGAAUGGCAAAAGUUUUUUUUUUUUUUCAAAUUUGCAUUUAGUAAUACAUGUAUUAAAUAAUCGCCAUUAGUAAAAAAAAGAAUCUGUUUAAAUUGCAUUACAUAUCCUAUUUACAGAACAUGUGUGUAAGAUGUAUGCAUUAUACUAUUUAAUGUAAUUUUCAAAACCAUCAGCUGUAGAAUUUUUAUUCAUUUUUCCCCUGUUUAUCUCACACUCAUAUCAUUGUAGUGAACAAUAGGAGACUUGUUAAAUGGAUGUAGCCAAAACAUGUUAUAUACUGUAAUAUAUAGAUAUAUUGAGUCGUUCUUAAAGAAAGUCGCUUUGGUGUCUGUUGAUUUUGUUAUUCAAUUGUUAAUUUUGCACAACUGUCAAUUGAUUUUUAAUUGUUAUUUUAUGAUAAGAAUGUUCAUGUGAAAGCCGAUCUUUGGAGCCUCCCAUGCUAUAUGUAAUGUAGAUAUUAAAGUUUGAUGUUGUUCCAUCUAUCCUUUAUGUCUUUUCUAUAAAGGAGCUUUUGUAUCGGGGUUUCUUUGUCUGAUCAGCUUUAACUGUAUCAGUGUUUUGUGACGUAUUUUAAACAUCAAAUAUUAAAUUGAUAAUGUUAAA